AGCCAACAGCCAAUUUCACAUCAAUGCAAUACAGUGCACUGUUGAGCAACAUUGUGGCAAGGAGACUCACGUAGGCAGGGAAAUACAGGGAUUGUAUGAACUGCUUAUCCUCAUAAGAGUCGUGGGAGUGCUGGAGCCUAUCCCAGCUAUCUUCGGGUAGGAGGCAGGGUACACACUGGACUGGUGGCCAGCCAAACGCAGGGCACAUAGGGCAUAAACAACCAGUUACAGUCACAAUAAUACUUGGGGUUAAUUUAAUGUCUCCAAUUAAUGGAUGUUUUGGGGGUGUGGAGGAAACCACAGUGCCUGGAAAAACCCACGCAGGCACAGGGAGAACACGCAAACUCUAAACAGGUGGUGCCGAAAUUUGAGCCCAGGUCCCCAGAACCAUGAGGCUGACGCUCUAAGCAGUCACGCCAAGGUGACGCCCCAAAGAAACAAAAUAGUGUAGUGGUAAACAAACAAAAUCACGUCUCAAUUCCAAAUGCCAUAAUAGAAAGGUGUAAUUUACCUACUUAAAUCAUGGCCAUUCACCAGCACUGAUAACAAGAGGAUUUCCCCAUCGCUGGCCCCCUUCCACACAGUUCAGCCGCCCUUAAGCCUCAAGACAGUUAAUUUAGGAAAGGACCAGAGGGGGAAACUUGCCCUUUCACUGGAGGUUUAAUCUAAUUUUGAUAAGCACUCUGAUCCGAUAUUCUAUCACACUGUGCCCUCAAAUAAACGCACAAGUGGAAAGUGAACACAAACCUGAGCAGGGAGGUCAAAAACAUAUUGGAAGGAUAUUUGGGGGGGGGGGGGGGUCUUAGUGAGUAAUGACCUCUUUCAAAGUGAAGACAAAGUGUUCAAGGAGUCUUUUGUACCUUCAGUUUAGGAAAUAACCCUAACCCAACACAAGACAGACUACAUGCCAGAACUGUACAUUCCCCACAAAAUUGCUUAAAAUAUCUCGGGUUUGUCAUCCAAAGAUGAGACCAGACAAACAUUUUAUCCUUUGUCCAAACGUAUUUAGGAGUGAAAAUCAAGUAAUUCUGAACCUGAGAGAAUGUUCCUUUAGACUGGGCUAAAGAGCAACAUUUAUUGGUUUUCGACAUGCUUAAUGUCAUACAGUCUACAAUUCUGGUGGAGAGUCUUCUGCGCGGUCGCUUUUGAACAAACGUCACAAGCUAUUGGAACAAAAUGCAGUUAGCUUCGAUCAACCUUUGUGGACGACCACGACCUAAAGAACGGAGAUGUUUCUUGGCACGUUCCAUCGUGAUGACAAAAUGCCGACUCAUGAGGGCAUGCGGUUUGGGCCACCCAGUGGGAAACCUCUCCGUAUGACCACGGUCCGUUAUGUAACCAGGACUGGGGCAGGUAAAGCGGCAUGGGUGCCUAAUCCCAUUACAGGUUUUAUUUCAGGACCAAAUAGGGUUAGAGUGUCCUGAAGUUUGCUCUUCGCCUGCAAUGUCACUCAUGUGGAGCUAUUUGAGCAUCCAAGAGCUUGCUGGCUUCGCUGCCAUGGGGUUUUAGGCUCUUUGGCUCUUUACUCCAAAAAGGGACUGAAUCCUUGCAGCUAGAUUUGGAUGGAGCCCGAAGCCCCCUAAAAGUGUCAAGCUUGACCACCACCUUUCCAUACUAAGACUUUUCUUCUUCCUUGGCACAAAUUGGACGAUGGGUAACCACGGCUCUAACCUGGACGACAUCCUCGCUGAGGACAUGCACCACUGGUACAACAAGUUCAUGCGAGAGUCGCCGUCAGGUCUCAUCACACUGUUCGAGCUGAAGACCAUCCUGGGCCUGAAGGGAAUGACCGAGGAUGCCAACAGCUACGUGGACCAGGUCUUCUACACCUUCGACAUGGAUGGGGAUGGUUAUAUCGACUUUGUGGAAUACAUCGCCGCCGUCAGUCUCAUGCUGAAGGGGGAAAUCAACCAGAAGCUGAAGUGGUACUUCAAACUCUUUGACCAGGAUGGAAACGGAAAGAUUGACAAGGAGGAGUUGGAGACUAUCUUCUCGGCCAUCCAGGACAUCACACGAAACAGAGAUAUCGAUCCAGAAGAGAUCGUCACGCUCAUAUUCGAAAGAAUCGACGUGAAAGGAGAAGGUGAGCUGACCCUGGAGGAGUUCAUUGAGGGUGCCAAAGACCACGAAGACAUCAUGGACAUGUUGAAGAAUCUGAUGGACUUGACCCCGGUGUUGGUCAUUAUUGUGGAGGGACGCAGGUCAUGAGAGGUCAAGCCGACCGGAAAACAAAACAAAAAAAUUGUUUAAAAAAAACUAAUUCAACACUAAGAGACUUGUCUGUGAUGGACCGUUGUCUCCGGCGAUCAGGUGGGCAGAAAAACUCCACACCACAAUUAAUAUCAUUGGCAUUAUAUAACACACAGCUUUGAUUUUCAUUUGACUAAAUUCAGUAUUUAAAAAAUAAAUAAAUAACUUGAUGGCAAACUGUAUUACUUUGCC